GAGAUGCUGUCUUAGAUACUGGAUAGCAACUGAUAAGAAGCAAAGUUUAGGUGGCGUUUCCCAAACGGCUUUUGCUGUCUCUGCGAUUCCUAGAGAAGCCUUUUCCUCUCCAAAUGCACGCCUGGAAGACUGCAAGUCAGUGAGCUGGGGAGGAAGCAGCCAGCCCCAGGAAGUGCAGGGAAGAUGAAGGGAAGAAAGAAGAGACGUUCCUUACCUUCACCCUUUAUAUUGUUGUUCUUCUGUGCUGCCGGGCAUGUAGCUGCUGAGCUGGAUGACAGCAAAGAGGAGCAUUUUGUGGGUGCUGCUUGGCCACCACUGAAGCUUGUGAACCCAUUCUGUGCCAUGAAAGCAGACGAUGGUCCAUGCAAAGCCAUCCACAAGCGCUAUUUCUUCAACAUUAAAAACCGCAAGUGUGAAGUAUUUGAAUAUGGUGGAUGCCAUGGCAAUGACAACAACUUCCUAACGCUGGAGGAGUGUCAGGAGAAGUGUGCGCCAGCAGAAUUGCCUCAGAAGAUGGCGUUAGCAAAAAUUGCGAAAGUUCAUCAUUUAGCAUUGUUUCUAGGAAUGCCUGAUUUCUGCUACGAUCCCCAAGAGCCAGGGGUCUGCCGAGGAUAUUUCACCAGGUACUUCUACAACAAAGAGACAAAAUCAUGUGAAGCAUUCAAGUAUGGUGGGUGUCUAGGAAACCAGAACAACUUCAGGACUUUGGAGGAGUGCCAGACUGUCUGCCGAGACAACUCAAAUUUAUUGCCAACUGUUACAGCUGAAGAGCAUCCCAACAGUGUGAACAGAAGUUCCUCAGCAGAAGAACAUCCCAGCACUGUGAACAGUAGCUCCCCAGCAGAAGAACACACUCAGUCUCCUGGGAUUUUUGUUAAUUUGUUGCCAACUGCUCCAAAUGACAAGUCCAACACCCUGAACAGUAGUUCCCCAAAGAAGGAGCCCAACCAGUUCCCCAUUUUCUUUGAACCACCUGCUAUCCCUUCUUUGUGCAUGACCCCUAUGGACAGCGGGCUUUGCAGAGCCAAAGAGCUGAGAUUUUUCUACAACCACUCGACUGGAAGGUGUCGCCCGUUCAGCUACAGCGGUUGUGGUGGGAAUGAGAACAAUUUCAUCUCCAGAAAGUCGUGUUUGAGGAUCUGCAAGAAAGGAUUCAGUAAGAAAAAAGGUGAAAGAAGAUUAAUAAAAAUCAAGAAAAAAAGAAAGAAACAGCCAGUAAAGUCUCUGGGCAUAGAAAUCAUCCCUGAAAGAGCUCAACUUUGAUUUUUACAGAAAUGUGAAGUAAUCUACUCUUCACCUGUGAAUGAAAAACCUUCAGUGUACACCAUUAAAAUACAUUUACUGUACUGAUUAUUUUGAUUAUAUAUUACUAAGCUGCAUAUAUUUUUAUUAUGUAUUCCUCAAUCAUGUUAAUAAACAUUACCUUUUACUUUGCUAAA